CAUGCACGCCAAGAAACACAAGGAUCACCCCCAUAUAACACGUGAUCAUCACCGCCCCCCAAACUAACAAACAAGCGCAUGCAAUCUCACAUUUCUUCUAAUUAUCAUCCCAACACCAUGAUCAACCCUACCAAUCUCUCCUCCUUCUCCGCCUCUGAUGAACUUGCCACCGGAAACUUCGUUUCCCGACGCCUCUUUUUCUUGAAACAUAUCCAAAUUAUAGAGCUUUUCAUUGCUCUUUUUGUUUUCAUAGCCAUUCAUUCCCUAAGGCAAAAGAAGCAUCAUGGCCUACCUGUUUGGCCAGUCCUAGGAAUGUUACCUUCCUUGGUGAGUGGCCUUCGAGACAAUAUGUAUGACUGGAUGACCGACAUUGUUAUCAAUCAAAACGGAACAUUUCUGUUCAAAGGCCCUUCAUUUAGUAGUCUCAACUGUGUUGUCACCUCGGACCCUCGUAACAUAGAGCAUCUUCUCAAGACCAAGUUCCCCAAUUUCCCUAAAGGACCAUUCUUUCGAGACACUGUUCGUGAUCUUCUUGGUAACGGGAUAUUUAGUGCUGACGAUGAAACUUGGCAACGACAAAGGAAGACAGCAAGCAUUGAAUUCCACUCAGCUAAGUUCAGGCAAUUGACGACCGAGUCAUUGCUUGAACUUGUUCACUCUAGACUCCUUCCUGUGUUAGAGAAUUCAAUCAAACAGUCCCUUACUAUUGAUCUCCAAGACAUUUUAUUACGGCUAACUUUUGAUAAUGUCUGCAUGAUAGCAUUUGGGGUUGAUCCUGGUUGUUUACGCCCCGGUUUGCCUGAAAUACCAUUUGCUAAAGCCUUUGAGGACGCAACAGAAGCCACGGUGCUACGUUUUGUGACACCGACAUGUAUAUGGAAGAUCAUGAGAUAUUUCAACUUGGGGAUGGAGAAGAAGCUUAAGAAUUCAAUAAAAGAAGUAGAUGAGUUUGCUGACGAUGUGAUUCGGACAAGAAAGAAGGAGCUCUCUUUGCAAUUUGACAAUAAUAUGUCGAAGAAAAGGUCCGACCUCCUGACAGUGUUUAUGGGGCUGAAAGAUGAGGAUGGACACCCCUUUUCGGACAGGUUCUUGAGGGAUAUUUGCGUGAACUUUAUACUUGCUGGGAGAGACACUUCUUCGGUGGCAUUGAGCUGGUUUUUCUGGCUGCUUCAUCACAAUCCGAUGGUGGAGGAAAGAAUUCUUGAAGAGAUAUGUGGGAUCGUGAGUGAAAGAGAGGAGGUAAAAAAAGGAGAGUACCAAAGUGUGAUCUUCCGACCAGAGGAGAUAAAGAAGAUGGAUUAUUUACAGGCUGCUCUAUCCGAUGCUCUCAGGUUAUAUCCUUCAGUGCCAGUAGAUCACAAAGAGGUUGUUGAAGAUGACAUAUUUCCAGAUGGGACAAUAUUGAAGAAAGGAACAAAAGUGAUCUAUGCAAUAUAUGCAAUGGGUAGAAUGGAAGGCAUAUGGGGAAAGGACUGUAGGGAGUUUAAGCCAGAGAGAUGGCUAAGAGAUGGGAGGUUCAUCAGUGAGUCUGCCUACAAGUUUACAGCCUUCAAUGGUGGCCCUCGCCUUUGCUUGGGAAAAGAUUUUGCUUACUAUCAAAUGAAAUUCGUUGCUGCCUCUGUCAUUUACCGCUAUCAUGUUAAAGUGGUGGAGAAUCAUCCUGUGGAACCAAAGCUAGCAUUAACUAUGUACAUGAAGCAUGGAUUGAAGGUCAUUCUUUCUGGGCGUGAUGAGUCCGAGAUUCAAAAGUACCUCAAGACUAAUUAAAUAAUGGUUUUUUCUUGUGUUGUUGCUAUUGUACUAUAUAUAUAUAUAUAUAUAAUAUAUAUAUAUAUAUAUAUUUAUAUUUAUUUAUUUAUAUAUCACACACGAAAACGAUUGAAGAAUCUCAUAGAAGGUUGGACUUGGUUGUAUACUUUCCUUAAAGAAACCACAUUUGAAUAAAGGAGUACUUAAUGCCGAAUGUGUUA